GUAAAGCACCUCGCAGGGCCUCUCUCUGGUCUGCAUUGAAGACACUGGCUGUUUAAAUCAGAGACGAGGCGGCGCUUCUGUAUGCCUUCUCUGCCUGUCAUCGUUCCACCGUUGGCAUCCCUGCACCAUGGGAUCGAUCUCGGAGUCCGCCACUGUGCCCUAUCGGCCCACCCCUGCCGACAUCACCCUCGAGAACCACCGACCGGGCGACCCGGCCAAGAUUCUCUUCCAGAAUGUCCGCAUUCUCGACUCGACUGGCCGUCUGCCUUACCUUGGCAGCGUCCUCAUUGAAGGGGAGCGUGUCGUUGCCGUCGGACAGGUCGAUCCGUCCGCCACCGAAGGGGCACUCAUCAUCGACGGCGAGGGCCGGAAGACCCUGAUGUCCGGCCUCAUCGAUGCACACACCCACCUCAGCUGGAACAAUGCCCGCAACCUGGACGACCUCAUCAAGCUGCCCGCCGAAGAGCACGUCCUCUUCACCGCCCACUCCGCGAAGACCUAUCUCGACUGCGGCUACACGAUGUGCUUCGGGGCGGCUGCCGCCCGACCCCGGCUGGACAUCGCCGUCAAAGCCUCGAUCAAGUCCGGCCUGAUCCCUGGACCGCGAAGCCUGGCCAAUGCGCCCGAGAUCACGACCACGGGGGGCGCCAUCGCCCCGAGCAUCUCGCGAUACGCGGACGGCCCUUACGAGAUGCGCAAAGCCGUGCGAGAAGCCAUCGAACUCGGGGCUGAUAACGUCAAGCUGAGCAUGACCGGCGACAACUUCGUCGAUGACAUGCCGAGCCAGGACACCUACUUCACGCUCGAGGAGACCGUUGCGGCCGUGGAGGAGGCCCACAACCGGGGAAAGCGGGUGUGCGCUCACGCGAGGAGCGCGGCGUCCGUCAAGAUGUGCUUGGUGGCCGGGGUGGAUGUGAUCUACCACGCCAGCUUCAUCGACGCCGAGGGGAUGGACCUGCUGGAAAGGCACAAGGACUCGGUCUUUGUGGCGCCGACGAUCAACCUGCCCAUUGCCACCUGCGCCGGGGCGGCUGUCCCCUACGGGGUGACGGUGGAACUGGCCGAGAAGCAGGGACUCCGGCACGAGGUGGAUGUGGCCUGCACGGCCAUGACCGAGAUGCACCGCCGGGGCAUCCGCAUGCUCCCGGGCGGCGACUACGGGUUCGCGUGGACGCCACAUGGCACGUACGCGCGGGACCUGCAGCACUUCGUGACGCGGUUCGGGUACACGCCGAUGGAGAGCAUCCUGGCGGCGACGGCGUUGGGGGGGGAGAUGAUGGGCCAUCCGGACGAGCUGGGCAAGGUGCAGCCGGGGUACUAUGCGGAUGUGAUUCUGGUGGACGGCGACCCUCUCGCGGACAUUGCAGUGCUGCAGGACCAGGAGAAACUGCACGCGAUCGUCAUCAAUGGACAUGUCCAUAAACAUGUGCGAUGAGCCACUUCAUCAUGUAUCUUAGUAACUACGACUUG